UGUUUAUUUUCAUAUACCGAUUUAUUGCACACAAACAUCACGAAUUUGGAAAAAAAUGGGACGUGUUAGAAUAACGUGUUGGAUUCUUCUUUUGCAAUCCUUAUCGGUUUUUGCGGAGGAUGAGAAUGAUGUGAUAAUUCAAGCUCCAGAUGUCACACCGUUUGGAAGAUGGGGACGGAUGGAAAACUGUUCUCAGGGACUAUUUGUAACUGCAUUUCAAGUCAAGGUCGAGGGAAAGCAUAGUAUUGUCGACGACACAGGUCUCAACGGGGUUCGUUUCUACUGCGGCACACCCACCACGUUGGAGGACGAAGCUGGUCAAAGUUAUUUAACCUGGGAAAAUGUGACGAGCAGUGUCGGAUUAUUUGGUCACUGGGGCCACGUGAAUAACUGCACUACUUACGCAGUCGGAUUUGAUCUUGAAGUUCAAGAACCACAAGGAAAAUAUAAAGAUGACAUUGGUGCAUCUAAUUUAAAGGUGCUUUGUGCGGAUGGGGCUCAAAUUGAGGGCUACUUUAAUAAUGGAGAAGGCCACAAAUUUCACAAUGUCAGUUACACAGGUGUACAGAGGUGCCCAACGGGUUAUGCUUUGUGUGGUAUCAAGACAAAAGUGGAAAUUUAUCAAGUUUUGGGAGACGAUACAGGAUUGAAUAAUAUUGCUGCAAAGUGUUGCUCACUUACCGACGUCAUUCCAAUUAUCGCUGGAUAACUUUUCAAAAAUUAGCAUACGGCAAAGAUGGACACAUAUUUAAGACAUGCCGAAUAAAUGAGUGGAUAAAAAUAACUUAUGGAAAUAUUUAUUGACAAUAAGCAUAAUACGUUUAGUAUCGUUUAUAUCUCAAAAAUUUAUUUUUUUCUAUGCACUUCAAUAAUCUAUCAAAUAUGUAGCUACUGUUUAACUGACAAUUCCACUAAAAUGUCAAAAAAUUUGAUGAAUAAAAACAAAAGUGACCAAGUUUGACGUCAAAACGAGA